AUGAAGAGCAAACGUUUGGAUGACUUUCGGAGGCUUCCCAAGUGCCUUACUCUCGUCUUGACGGCGCUACUGCCAUACUUCAUCACCAGUUUAUGGCGGCACAGAACUGAACCGCCAUCUCUGCGCCGCACCUCCCCUCUUGAUGGGCUCCGCGGAGUAGCUGCGCUCUGCGUGGUCAACUACCAUAUCAUCUCGGCCUUUCACAACUUUGUCAAUUACGGCUACGGGCUUACCCCCGAGGAGGCUCAUCGUGAACCUCAUUGCGCCCACAACAACGAGCCCAUUGAGCACAAUCUGCGCCUCCACCAGCUGCCAAUCAUUCGGCUUGUCUAUUCCGGGUCUGCCCCGGUCUGUAUCUUCUUUGUGCUGUCGGGUUUCGUGCUCUCCUACCGAUCCUGGCAGCUGGUGCGAGCCAGCAAACUGGAGGCUGUCUUCCCUAGUCUGAGCUCCUCGACCUUCCGCCGCGGGUUCCGCCUUUUCCUGCCCACAACCCUAGCUACGCUGAUCACUAUGAUUUUGAUCCAGACUGGGGCCUGGGAUUAUCCCGCCCAGGUUGCAGUGGAUCAAACCAUCAUUACUGCCGAAAACGAGUACCACCAAGCCCGGUUGCCCACCUUUGGGGCGCAGACCGCCCACUGGGCAUCCAUGAUGUGGAACAUGACCAACAUCUUUGCCUGGGAGGAGACCUAUCCCGAGUACGACGUGCAUCUGUGGACCAUCCCGAUGGAAUUCCGGGCCUCGCUCCUGCUGUUCCUCAUUCUCCUGGUGUUGGUGCGGCUCCGCUACCGGUACCGCGUGGCCAUUCUGAUCGGUCUGAUUGCCUACUGCUACGGGCAUGUUCGGUGGGUGAUGGUCCUGUUUCUGGCUGGGAGCUUGCUGGCCGAAACCUCCCUUCGCUGGGACGCUGCCCGAGCCCCCGAAGCCAUCACUCCCGCCCACACGGGACUGUGCAUCCUCUUUCUCCGGGUGGUGCUCGUCUUCAUCUCCCUGUAUUUCCUCUCCGCCCCGGACAAAUGCAUUCACCGCACCCCAGGCUACAUGACGCUGGCCAAGAUCUUGCCCUCGUGGGACGUGCGCUUCUACCGCGUCUUCCCCUCGUUGGGGGCCAUUAUCCUCGUCGGUGUAAUCUCGCACAGCGCCAAGGAGAGUCGCUUUUCUCGAGUUCUAGACGUCCGGCUCGUGCAGUAUUUGGGGUGGAUCAGUUACUCGAUCUAUAUCGUGCAUGGGCCAUUGAUGCAUGGCUUGGGCUAUCGGCUAUUCCCCCUGAUGUGGCAGAUCACGGGGCACGAGGCAACGGGCCCGUAUCUAAUGGGAUUCCUUCUGGCGUGGUCGGUGUUGCUGUUCGUGGUGUUCUGGGUGGCCGAUCGAUUUGCAGUGGCGGUGGAUGAUAACUGUGUGCGAAUUGGGAAGUGGUUGGAGAAGAAACUGGUGGAGUCGGAAUCGGUGGUAUUGUAG